CACUCAUUCUAGAUGCUUCCAUCACUCUUGGCACAUGGUUCCUGCGUAGCUUCCAGAUCCCCAAGAGCUUUAUUUUUUUAAGGAGACACGUUUUAUUUUCUUUUGAAAAUAUACAAGUGUUAUUCUCAUUGGACCCAAGACAUUCACAGCUGUGAUAACCAUUAAAUUCUUGCUUUGCGUUGCAGACAACACCUCUGUGGUGAUUAUCUCUCACUCUCACAGUGCAUCUAUAUCCUGAACUUGAAUUGAAUAUCCGUGGUGAGCUACGCCACUUCCUCAUCCUCCUCAAAGUCAUUUGUUUAAACACUAGGUAUGUAUUUUUUACGGUAUAUUUCUUUCUCUGUGUGGUUAUAUUUUAAAUCAGGUUAUUACGUUUAUUUAUUGGUUUCUGCCAGUGCUCUGAAGCAAUAGUGCCUGCCUGUCCUAGAAAUAGCCUUUAGAGGGGACCCUUGUGCCUAGUUUAGAACACAAACCUACGAAGCUCGCUCUCUCUUGGUGAAGGCGUCACCUAUGUUAGUAAAGUAUGUCAGUAAAGCAACUGCGCUGUGUCUAGGUUCUAUACGUUUAUUAGCCGUACCUUUCCAUAGCUCUCUCUCUCUUUUCCUCUCUUUCUGAGAAAAAGAGAGACGUUCUACAAUCAAACAAAUUCAGCCGGUGUUAAAAAAGUAACGAGGAAAUAAUGCCGUGAUGAAAUGAUGCAUGAAUAUUUCUGAUCCAAAAAUUUUAUACUUCUUCUCUUUUACUUUACUUUACUCUUUGCCUCUUAAGUUGUUUUUGUUGUUGUUGUUCUUGCUGAUGUGAUGCUGUUGUUAUGGUUGAUGUGAGGGCAGCCCUGUGAGGACAAAUAUAGAGUCGCUCCCAUGUGCGCAGCUAGAUGAAUCCACAUGCACUCUGCGUCUUUUUUUUUCUUUGAUAAUCAUGUCAGGGAUUAUAACUGUGACCCAGAAAACCAUGAUUUGGUUGAGUUCAUGAUUGUUGCAAUGUCUAAAGCAUAUAACAGUGGCUCUGCGGGUAAUUGUGGUGAUAUUUUAAUCACUCACCACACUAACACUUGAUGAUAUAACUGCUUUUUUGCGUGCUGACGAGACAGACGAUUCCCAUCCCACGAGUGUUGAAAAUAAUCAUCCUGGGGGGGGGGGGAAUAAGCAAUGACAUGUUUGUGUCGCUGCCGUCGACCUCUAAGGACAGACAGCAGGCACGGAUGUAGGCUUAUAGUGGGUUGAACUUCAAGUGUGGGUUUUUUCCACUCUAUCUCUCUGUUCUUGUCAGCUCCGUCUCUCAUACUCUGCCUGGUGCUCUGCGAAAGAUAACACAGUUUCUGUCUGGAACAGAGUGCGUCGUCUGCGACUGUGCGACUGUGUGUGUGUGUGUCUCAAUGCGCCGGUGUAUGUGGAUUGGUGUUCUCUUUGGGAAAUCCUCCAAGCUACGAUAGAUAACAUCUAUAAACCAGCCGAACAAUGCAGUCGAGGCAAACCUGGAACCUCCUCUGAAGGAGUGGAGAAUGGGAGGGGACGAAAUACGCUGUAAGCGAAUAACAGACCUAGCGGAAAAGUACUGAGCGAGAAAGUGAGAGGGGGGGAGGGAGGGAGGGAGGGAGGGAGGGAGGGUGCAGGCUGAGUCAUUCCUGGAUAGGUUUGAGGUUGAGGACUGCAGGGAGAGGUUACCUCACCUGCUAAAAGUUAAAUGGACCUCGUGUUCCAAGAAACUCCGGCACAUACCUUGGGGGCUUGGCCGUUUUGUUUGUCCUCAGUGGCUGCGAUAACUCCUCAAACAACCAUUCAAUCCAAACUGCCAAAACACACACACACACCCCUCUCUCUUCUCUCUCACUCAAUCACUCGUGUAACUCACUCCCACACUCACACACACACAUCAGGAGACGCAUGCGACAUUGCACCCAGCUGUUCAUCCUCAGUGGGUGGUACUACUGUGUUGCAAUGACAACUACAUGUUCCACGUCGUUUCCACACGUGCCGCGUGCGGGUAUCUGAAACGCGGGUUGUUUAAACAUUGUCAUAUAUUUUGAGUGUCAGCUUGUACGUGUUUUUUCAGUGUUUGCUGAAAAAAUGGAGCUACACAGAAGCAUAGACUGCAGUACACCGCAACCAUAUUAGCGGAAUGUUUCGGGCCCCCGUUUGGGCUAAACCUGACGUCUGUAAGCCAAGCCAGCCCGCUAACUACCCCCCAAAUGCUAUUUGCAGCGGGACCGUAGAGUUUAUAGCGCCCACCACUUUAUGAUUCUUGUCAAAUACCUACAGCCCUGUCGGCUGUAACCAGCCUGCCAGGGCGCCGUUCCUGGGUACGUGACCAAAUUGUGGCGUGUGGUCGCUGGUGGGCUCGGGAGGGUUGGGGUCUGAGGGCUCUGCGGGUUGGGCCGCAGAGCCCAACGCAGAGGGACAGUAGGGCCUUGGGAGGACUGCAGCAGCUACGCAGCUCCUCAGUUGGCUCAGCCCAUCGGCCCCGAUGUUGGCUCGGCAAACCACCCGCACUUCUGUAGCACUGGAGGGAGACGGCACGAGAUGACUGAGGCUCAGGGAGCGCGAGAGAGUGGAUAAUAGACAGGCAGGAAGGGGGGGGUGUGCCGUGAGGGCAGCACAAGGAGGCAGAGAGUGGAGUGGAGAGAGGAGUACUAAGAUCGUGUUGCACAGUGGUAUUUCGGAGACCAUAAAAAAGUUGACUUAGAGUAUCAGUUAAGGGAAAUGUGGUCUAACAUUUGUUUUGAUGUGACAUUAAGUUCAUAUGUGGCCGAGAUCAGCUUGAGUUGAGUGACUCCAGGCCCCCCCCCUCUUUCUCUCUCUCUCUCUCUCUCUCUCUCUCUCUCUCUCUCUCUCUCUCUCUCUCUCUCUCUCUCUCUUCCUCUCUCCCUCUCUCUCUCUCUCUUUCUCUCUGAAAAUGUGUAUCCGGAUGCUAGUCAUUACACAAUAUCUCACAUCGAAUCACGUAGUUGUAGGUGAUAAGCUCAAACAUGAGGAAAUGAGAGAUUGACUCACAGUUGUAAGCGGCAAGAGACAGAUAAGUGAACCGAAAACACAUAUCAUUAUCCAAUGGCCCUGAAAAUAUGUACUUUAUUGCAGAUUUAAUAACAAUUAUAAUAAUAAUAGACUCCAUGCUUCAGGGAGCUUGGGAACACGGUGUUCCUCAUGAUUGGCCUCUGAAAUGUUUUUUCUGUUUCUUUUAUCAAGUGGACGACGAGUCCACUUAAUAACGUUGUACCGCUGAGAAUUCCUCUCCUGUGCGCAAAGCUCCAUAAACUCUUUACGGUGUCUGGAACUCCUCCAGAUCUCUUGUUUUGCCUCUGGCCGGAGUGUUGGAUUCCGAUGUAAACCAUGGAGGUAGUUUUUCUUUUAUUAUUACCGUAAUAAAAACAAAUGUCAAGCGAGAGAAAUAUUUAGAAUGAUGCAGAUUUCAGACUGUACAGUUCAUACAUCAAAACUAACUUUGCUCUUAGUGGAGGUCAACGCUAACCCCUUUAACCCUUUGAAAGGUCGUUGAGAGGAGGGAAAGGUCACAGCGUUCCGUCAGUAACAUCUAAGCUGAGAAAUAGUUAAAGUAAAGGUAUCAUUAAAUCCAGACAGGCUGGCCCAUAGUUCAUUCUCUUUGAAGCUUACCCCGUGUCAGUGAAUAGGUGACACUGGGGUGAGGGCCCAGGACCCAGGCUUUGGUUUUCAUUGGGAGCUCUCUUUUGAUGAACUGGGCUCAAGAGGGAUCCUUUUCCUCUCACGAUUUACAGUUUGAGCCCCGGCCCUUUCUGUAUCCAAUUAUUUGUGGUUUCCACUUAGUGGAGAGGAAUUUUUUUGUGGCAAUAAAACCAAAAUGCUAUUGUGUGUUUGGAAUAAUGACUGUUUACCUGUGAUAUCUGCUGACUUCAGUAUCAAUAAACAAAAGUCUAAUUUGAAAGAAACUGCCUUUUUGCAAUACUUUUUGCAAGAAAAUCAAUUAACUGGUAAACAUGGAGACAUUGUGGUUUACUUCUGUAAAACAAACCUUUCUUGUGCGAAACAUCGCAAAACUAGACUUGCAUUAGCCUAGUUUACGGUACAGUGACAUUGAUUUAAGAUUUCACAAUACUAUAAAUCUCUUGACAGUCGACUACACACACUAAACUACAUGUUCGGCUACUACAUCCACACAAACGCAUGCACAUCCACCCACACACACACUAACACGCACACACAUGCGCGCAUCCACACACACACACACACACCCACACCCAAACACUCAUGCACUAUGCACACAAAAUCACACACACUCAUGUACACCCACCCACCCACACACGCACACACACACACACACACACACUAACAUGGCUCUUUGAGUUGUGCUCGCUCCCCGAGGUGGGGGUCUAGCCCCCAGGCCCACCAGCCGCCGGAGAGGUGGGGACCACUCGGGUUCACCAUCUUGUCAGCUCUGCAGAGCGUAUGACGCGGCCAUGGUUCUGAACGUGCCCGGCCUGGUGGUCAUGGGGCUCUUCUACGUGCUCAUUCUGGGCACCGGCAUCUGGGCGUCCAUGCGCUCCAAGAAGGAAGAGAAGAAGUGUAAGGGAGACGGCAUGGAGAUCACCCUACUGGCGGGACGCAACAUCAACCUGCUGGUCGGCAUCUUCACCCUCACUGCUACUUGGGUCGGCGGGGGCUUCAUCCUGGGAAUCGCAGAGGCGGUUUACAACCCCACGCUGGGCCUGGUGUGGGCCCUCAUGCCUGUGCCCUACAUCCUGACCUUCUUCCUCGGUGGCAUCUUCUUCGCCAAGCCGAUGAGGGAGAACAAGUACCUGACCAUGAUGGACCCCUUCCAGAUCAAGUACGGAGACGUCCUCAGCAGCGCCCUCAUCCUCCCCGCGCUGGUGGCCGACGUGCUCUGGGUGGCCCGCACCCUGGUCAGCUUAGGCGGCACCAUGAGUGUGAUCUUGGACCUCUCCUAUGUGUACUCCAUCAUCAUUUCCUCAGUGGUGGCUAUCGCCUACACUCUCAUGGGGGGCCUCUACUCCGUGGCCUACACCGACGUCAUCCAGCUCAUCCUCAUCUUCGUCAGUCUGUAUGUGUGUGUCCCCUUCAUGAUGACCAACGAAAACUCGCUGGACAUCUCGAUGACCGCCUACAACCAAACCUUCCAGGCCCCCUGGGUUGGUAAGGUGGAGCUCCAGGACGCUGGCAAGUGGUUCGAUGACUUCAUGGUGCUGGCGCUGGGCGGGCUGGCCUACCAGGCCUUCUACCAGAGGAUUCUGUCUGCCUCCUCCUACACCCAGGCCCAGGUCACCUGCUUCGCCUCAUCUGCCUUCUGCCUGGUCCUCGGAAUCCCCUCCAUCCUGAUCGGAGCAGUGGCAGCCUCCACAGACUGGAACUCCACCAGCUACGGCAGCCCGUCCCCCUACGAGCGCGGCCAGGCCGGCUCCAUCCUGCCCAUCGCCCUGCAGUACCUCACCCCCGCCUACAUCUCCAUCAUCGGCAUCGGGGCCGUGGCGGCAGCUGUCAUGUCCUCCAUGGACUCUGCCCUGCUCUCCUCGGCCUCCAUGUUCUCCUCCAACAUCUACAAGAACAUCCUCAGGAAGCAGGCCUCGGACCGGGAGAUGCAGUGGGUGAUCCGCAUCUCGGUGGUGGUGGUGGGUCUGGCGGGCACCGCCCUCACCUUCCUGGACAACAGCGUGCUGGUCUUCUGGCUGGUGGGCGUGGACAUGUCCUACACCAUCAUGUUCCCCCAGCUGGUGUGCGUGCUCUUCUUCAAGGUGUCCAACGGCUACGGCGCGUCGACGGGCUACCUCCUGGGCAUGGCGCUGCGUCUGAUGAGCGGCGAGCCCCUCAUCGGCCUGCCGCCCCUCAUCCGCUUCCCCGGCUGCCGGCUCGACGCCGAGGGCACGCUGACGCAGUUCUUCCCCUUCCGCACCACCAUCAUGCUGACGUCGCUGGUCUCCAUCGUGCUGGUGUCGUGGCUGGCCUCCAUCAUCUUCAACAAGGGGCUGCUGGCCGAGCGGUGGGACGUCUUCAAGAUCAACCGCCGGCUGGCCAAGUCGGCGGGCGGCCGGGUGCCCCCCCAGGACCAGAAGGACCCAUCGGUGGUCAAGCAGCUGCUGGACACCUCCACCACCACCAGCUGCUAAGGAGGGAGAGUUAGCGAGAGGGGGGGGGGGGUGGCGAGGCAGAGACAGGGGCAACACGGGGCCGCGGGAGCCCCCCACUACCCCUAAGACGAGGCCCGGUCCGCCUGGCCUGGCCGGGGAAGAUGAUCCAGCGCGUUGCAAAUAAAGAGCGGUUGCUGUUUAAAGAGAUGAAAGCGCGCUUCACAACCCCCACCACCACCACCACCAUACACGCAUCCAUACGCAGCACACCACGCCAUUCACCCCAUCAUGUAUAAACCGUUGUCUCCGACUGGAACGGCUGUAAAGGCUAACUUUACGGCGCACAGUAGAACACAACCGUUUCUGUGUUUUUAUUACCAUUUUGCGGGGGUUCAAGCAAUAGGGUUUGCUAAGACGUAGCAUCUCAAAAGUACGGCUAGCUAGCCUCCUCAUAUUGUACAUAGAAAGCAAUCCUGGAUCUUGUGUAUAGCUCAGGAGGACAGUGGCUUGGUAAUAUUGAUUUUACUGUGAGUACACAACAGCUACUAUUCUUUUAAAGGUGAAUCCACCUUAAUGUGAAUCUGUAAAUGAUCAGAGAGAGUCAGUGUGCACAAGCGGCGUCGACUGCAUCUGUAUUUUUCCUUCAACUGCUUUUUUAAAAUAUUUUUUCACAAAACGCCCUGAAUAAAACGCCAGAGCCACCAAAAAAAAGAUUUUAAGCAAAAAACCGAGCCUGAAUAUCACAACGAAGACCCACUACCCACUGAACGAAGGCAGACACCGUUUAGGCUGUCAGGAGAAUUUUUGUAAGGUUUAAACGCUGCCCCGUUUUAUUGCCAACCGCAUCGGUAGCCAAAAGCUGUCAGGACUCCGGGCCCCUCGGCUUACCACAGACGAUCCCAGGGGCCGGUUUCAGCCCGUUCCUCACAGCUGGACGGGUUCCAGCGCUGAAGGCUCCCAUGUGAUUUAUUGAUAAAUGCGUCCACCAUUUAGUGAGCGGUGUGCAGCAGAGAAAGAAGAGCCAGAUAUACCCCCCGCCCCCUGUCCUACUCCCUCACCACUCCAAAGAGGCCUUAUGGAGACCCACAACGCCUCCUUCAAUUUGUAUAUGACUUUGUACAGUAAGGAUAUUUUCUAUGGUUGAUGAUAUAUAUAUAUAUAUAUAUAUAUAUGCAAAACUUUAGUUUACAAGGGGCUUGAUCGAACCUUGCGGUCAGAGGUUAUUUAAGUUUUUCCUGAGCCUAUAGUAGUUAUAUGUACAUAAAAGACUUCUCACUAUGAAUGUUUGAGAGGCUAUCUUUUCAACUUUGCCGGGACUGACGUCCGACAGCGGGCGUUAGACCUUGGCAGCACGAGUCGAGUGAUGCAAAAGCUAGUUUAAUACCUCAGCGUGUCAGAGUGUCUCUUCCCCGGUGGUAUAGUGUGGUAAUUUGUUUCAGUCAGUUUGUAUGAUUUUGUCUGUUCUUUCCGAAGACUACAGAGAACAAAAGGCUGCUGAGCUGAAUGACCCCUGCAGAACUCAGUUUGUGUAUCUUUUUAUAAUGUGACCUAUUUGUUUCUCUAUUUAUACGAUGUACUGUAUGUCCUGUAAAAGCUCAAACAAUUAUCUAACAUUUUUGCCAAAUAAUUUUAAGUUGAAUCAUUAACGUUAUUAAACAUUGUCAUUAUCUAAAUGGUCGAUUUUUAAAACGUGUUGAAUGUAUAUUGUGGUCAAAAGCCUGGCUUGUCAAAGGCUGGCACCAACACGCAUAGUUCAAUGUCGAAAAAUCUCAAAUGUAGGCCUUCUACUGUUUUCAAGUUUGCCAUCUUGGUGAAUCGAGGCUAAGUUAGAAUGACUUAGACUUAUUACAUGUUAAGAAUACAUACUCAUUUCUCCAACAGAAAUAUAAGUUGUUACUUGUAGCAGCAAUAUUAUAGAAGAUCUACUGUGACCGUAGUAUUAGAAACAGAUCAAGUUUAUCAGGGUGAAGUUGAAAAGAUAGGUCAGCCCAAUGUUUGCUAUAGCCACAAAACAUUCAAUACUAGGUGUGGAAGUGUAUUUGGUUUUUGUACUAUUAUGCAUGUUGAAUUUAAUUUGUGUUUAUAUACGGAGCUUUAAAAGAGGCUGUUUCUCUUGCCACACGGCGAGGUCCUACUUUGUAAUCUUUAAUGUAAGUCCCAAUGGGGUGAUGUUCUCUCAGAAUAAAGGUUGAAACAAAU